ACCAUCACUUCCGCUAAGUAACAAACAUGGCUAGCUCACGGGAUAACCAGAUUGAAAGAUUACCAAACCACACUAAUUUGUGGCGUCUGGUAAACGGAUAUCAGCGGAUCAGGUGGUGGAUUUUAAACACCAUUGGGAGAAUACGAAAUGACGAGCUUGGCGAAGAGAUCGAUGAUAGCGAAACCCGGUACAGAAUUGUGGAUUACCCUUCGGACUCGUCUCUUGAGACGAACGAAACUCCCAUUCGAGUUGAAUACCUGAGCGCCAAAAGUGAUAUUUUUCGCAUUAAUCUGCUGCGAAUAAUUAAAAGGAGGCUUCAGGUGCAGGGAUUUAAAAGUUUUGAAGAUUGCACUAAGGGAGGACUCAGCAAAAGCCUGCUGAAGUGUCUGAAGGAACAAAUCGGAAAAGAGCGGGACCUGGCCGCAGAUUGUCUGAGGCUGCUGGCGGUAGAGCUUCGUGCCGAGGGUUCGAGUCUGUUUCGGAAGAAGAUUGACCCUGAGCUGACCCCCCUGUUGACAGACGGCACCACCCACUACAAGACUCGCGCGGCCUGUGCCACGACACUGGCCACCUGGUGCUACCUGUGUUCCAGUGACCUGCAGAAAUUCCAAGAGCUGAGUACAAUUCUGGAAGAUAUGUUCAGUCGUGGUUGUGGUCAGGGAGAUAACUCUCUAGUCACUAGUGCACAGGGAGACAACUCUCCAGUCGGUAGCGGGCAGGAAGACAACUCUCAGAACGUAAUAUCGCAACAGAAUUGGCUGAUGUGCGACGUCUUGAGGGCUUGGUGUCUUCUGUUGACCAGUUGUACACAAGAUGAGAUCCAGGCCCACAUCAACAAGCAUAUGGGUUCCCUGAAGGAGUUGUUGAAGAGUUCUGACGAAGAACUGCGCAUAGCAGCUGGAGAGACGAUCGUCCUGCUUUAUGAGCUGUCUAAAGGGGCUAAAAAGGAAUUUAGCGAGGAGGAGAAUGAAGCAAAGCUUUGUCAACAGUUGAAGCAGCUUGCUAGUGAGUCUGUCAGACAUCGUGCCAAGACCAGCAGACGACGCCAGAAGGCAAGCUUUAGGGACGUUUACAGAAAUGUCGUGUCAGCCGUGCUAGAGGUUGCUGCUUUUAAAGCUAAGACGAAUUUGUGCGCCAUCACGGGCAGAGAGUGCCAGCAUCAUCUCAGCAGUUUCAAAGCGGAGGCUUAAGGUCGAUCUCUGGGUGUCGUCAUAUUCCAUCUGUAGCGCGUUAGAGAAUAGCCUACAUUGCUUCCAAGUUCCAUCUAUUGUGUCGUCUUCACAAGAAGCAAAAGUAAAAUCAUAACGUCACACCAAAUUAAUUAUUUAGCUAAGCAAAUGACAUUUUUCUCUGUAAUGAUUUCAAUUAGAUCCGAAUUCAAGAUUUAUUUUCGGUUAUUAAGAUAUGCCCCAAUUACUUGAUUAUUCUUAGUACCAUCACUGCAUACAGUCAUUACAUCAAUGUUCCAUCUAUUGUGUCGUCUUCACAAGAAGCAAAAGUAAAAUCAUAACGUAAUCCCCGCCUAAUGAUUUUACUGAGCAAAAGAACUAAUUUACUUUUUUUUUCCCCUUGAAAAUAGCCAGUUGUAUUGCGUGUGAAGUUUCUUUCCUAAAGGUUGACUUAAUAAUAUUUUUCUAUAACAUGAUUAUAAUUAGUUCCGAAUCUAAUAUUUAUUUUCGGUUUAGAUAUACCCUAAUCGAUUGAUUAUUCUUAGUACCAUCACUGCAUGCAGCUAUUACAUCGCUGCAUUUCAUUUUUUUAAAAAAUGUUUAAUGACGCAAAUCGCAAUGAAUACUAUAAUUUAGACAAAUCCUAGUUGUGUUGAAUUGUCUCCCGUGUAUCAGUACAAACUUAAUUAACUAUGUGCAAACCUUGAUGUGUCAUGGUUAGAUCUAAUCAGAUGCACGUACUCAGUGUGAGCCUCUGUGUGCGUGUGUUUUUGCGUAUCGGUGCGUUUGUUAGUGUGAGCGUCUGUGUGAGUGUGCGUGCGUGUGUGUGUGUAUGUGUGUGUGAGUGUGCGUGUAUGUGUGUGCUUGUGUGUAUUUGUAUGUGUGUGUGUGUGAAUGUACUAAAACAUACACAACUUAGGGUAGUUGUGGGACCUGAAAAUUUUCUCUAGUCAAUAAACGCAAUACCGUUACUUUU